AUGUCGUCCACCAGCAACGCCUCCAUUGACAAGUUCAACGGAGACAAUUACGCAACGUGGAGCCGGUACAUGCGCGGUGUGUUUUUGACGAAGUCCGUCUGGCACGUUGUCAACCGUGAAGUGACUCCGACUUUCACCGACCCGCGAGCGUCCGAUGACUACGUCAAGGCAAGCAACGUCGCGUUUGGUAUGAUGCUGCUGCACAUGAACGCGGACUACCAUCAUGUGCUGGACAACUGCGAGGAAGCCUGGGUUGCGUGGACAAGUCUGAAGACGCUGUACGGUGGGUCGCAGAAGGCAGGACGCAUCUACCUCAAGCGACAACUUUUCAGUAUCAAGAUGGCUGAAGGCGCGAACGUCAUGCAUCAUUGCAACGAGGUCCUCAACAUCUCCGCCAAGCUUAGCGGCAUCGGUGCGAAGAUGGAAGACGAAGACGUUGCAAUUUGUCUGCUACUCAGUCUUCCGAAGAGCUACGAAAAUGUGGUGCUCAACAUGGAAAUGAGCAGCACCGAGCUUCGCACUCAAGAUGUGGUGAGAGUCCUGACGAAUGAGCAUGCCAAGCGUCAAGGAGAAAAAGGGACAACGACAGCGACUACGGUGAAGGCUGAAGAUGCAAGCAAGGCAUUCAGCGCCGAGCGUGAGCCCUACCAAUGCACGUAUUGUGGCAAGGUGGGACACACGGUGGAUCGUUGCUGGACAAAGCAGAAGAACGAAGGUCGGGGAGCCCGACGCGGCGGCAAUGGUCGUGGACGCGGGGCUAACAAUGUCCAGUGGGGACAUCAUGAUGAAGGCAAUGGCUACGAUCGAGUGGCGUUUGCAGUCUCGUUCGAAUGUGGAGUUUCGACGAGCAAGGACGUGUCUGGAAUGUGGGCCGUCGACAGUGGUGCAACGCACCACAUUUGCCACGACAAGACCAAGUUCUCAAGUUUGGCAGAGCGCAAUGAGGGCGAACUUUGGUGGCUGAUGGCAACAAGGUGGCCAUCAAGGGUGUGGGAACUGAUGAACUUUAGACUUCUUGGUCCGAGUGCAAAACGCAAAGUGAAUAUAUAUUUAUUAUAG